GGAGCAGCCGGUACAACAAGGGCGGAGUGACGGUGUGGUGCCGCGAGCAGGACAGCAGCUCGAUCCAGAAGAUCAAGAACCUGCUGACCCGGUACCACCAGACCUUCUGAGGAAUGAGGUCAUCAGAACCCGAAUGACACAUGGAAACAUCUGAAACGGGAGCUGAAACCGGAUCCGGAGGAAAACCCGGUCCAGUUUCCAGGCGGGUCACGACGUCCGCAGCAGUUUGACUCUUUGUUAUCAAAAAACCAGCAGGGCCCGGUUCUGGUUCUGUACUUUUUAAGUUUCACAGCUAGUCGGACCAAUGUUCUGGUCCGACUAGCUUAUGGACCACAAGACCCUUUUCAUGGUUCUGUUCCAGAAACUGGUGGUUCUGUUUAUGAAGAAAACACAUCCUGGUUCUGGUUCUGGCAGGAUCUGGACCAGUUCCAGUCAGUGUUGUGAGGUUCUGCUGUGCUUCAGCUGAAACCUUACAGCAGCGUACGGAGGACACGCCCAGGAACCUGCUGCUGGUGCAUUGUGGGUAAUGUAGGCACUGUCUGCAUUCAGGAGGUCAAAGGUCAGAGCAGAUCUGGAUCAUUGCAGAAAUCUAUCGUCUUCUUCUCUGGACCUCCAGCUUCUCCGGUUCAUCUCCUCCGGGGGUCGGCCUCCCUGCUCAGCUCUGGACCUGCGUGAGCCUCCAGGUGGUUCUGCUCAGGUGAGGUCAUGACCUCACCUGAUGGUUCUCCUGCUGAGUGAGGAGAUGUUUGACCUCCAUGUGAAGCCGGAGCUAUCUGAAGGUUGAGGUCACUGUGAAGACCAGCUGAUCAUCUCUGUCCCCUGAAUCUACCCGAGUUGGUCCAGAAAGUUCUGAUGGACCCUCCUGACUGGCAGUCACAGAAGAACUGUGGAGUUUUGCAGUUCUUCUAGAUGAAGAAUCGAUCAGAAACUCUGCAGAAUUUGUGGUUUUAUUCGCAACAACAGGAAGCUGUUACUUUGAAUGAGUGGAGGAAGUGUUUGGAAAAACAGCUGGAGAGGCUCCAACCCAGACCUGGAUGUUGAGAUCAUCAGGAAAGAGGAGGAGCUGAUAGAAGAAACCGUUCAAAUCUCCUUCAUUGGUUAAAGAUUGAAUUGUUCAGUAACUCAAAUGGUUGGUGUUCAACAAUUGGUGUCUGCAUUGUCCAUAGGGUCUGCAGUCUGAAGCAAUUUUUCCAGAAGGUUCUAUCAGGAGAAGCUGCGGGUUUGAACCAGCCAGGACGCCUGGCCAAAGUGACCCAAACCUGACCAACACAUUCUGAACCCUUCGAAGAUGCCUUAAGCCCUGCGUAGACACCCAGAAUCUGUCGAAGAUGUGCGUAGAUACUCCAAUCCCGGUGUAGAUGCCCUGAACCCCCAUAGAAUUUGUCAUAGAUGCCCUGAACCGGCAUCAUCGCCUCCUGAUGAGUCGUGGCAGCUGGGUGAUGAAGCUCAGGACGUCCUGAAUGAUUGAUGCAGUUCCUGAGUUCUGCUGAUUGAAUUACACGGAUCCAAUGACAGCCGUCCAGCCGAGCCUGACGGCCCUGAAAGAUUACAGACUGGAAAAGAUGACGUCCUGCAGGUAGUGGCCGCCUCCCAUGGUAUCCAGUAACCAGUGAGGAAGAAGAGGCUGAAGGCUGCAGUUUAACUCCUGGACAGAGUUCCUGGAAGGUUGUUCAGAGGUAACAGCCACUAGCAGUCUGAUGUAGGUUGGGUGGUGCCUGCAGCUCAUCAUCAUCCUGAUCUUCAUCACACACACCUUAGGAGUCUUUAGAUCCUCAGAGAUGUCUCAGUCUUCAGAUGUGGGUUGUUCUCAUCUGAUAGCAUCACCUCCCAGCCCACAUUUACAGUCAAACUUGGAUGAAGAGUUGGAUCAAGACGUUCCCUGGGAACAGCUUGUUGAUGAUCUGAUGGUUCUCCAGCAUUAAGGUUGAACUGGAUCACAAGGUUGAAGUUAGAACCAAGUGGCUCAAAGUUUAGAAAGUUGACAUCUGGAGGUUUGAAGCCCAUGGAGAUCCUGUGGUCGGUUCCUCAGAUUGGAGGACUUCCUGUCUAGCUGCUUGUUCUUGCUAAUUCCUCUGGGUUUGUUGUUGUAGUUUGUUGAGUUUUCUCUUCCUUCUUCAUUAAAGAUGAAUGACUCCGUCUGCUCAGCUCCACCUGAGCUUCCAGAUCACCUAACAGCACCUGAUCAGCCGGCCUUCCUCUGAGCAAGGCAGCGAUCAAGUGUCUCCUUCAGAGGUCAUGUGAGAGUUGAACUUUAGACUUCACUUUCCUAAAGAACAGAACCCAACACAAGAAGUUCAGGUGACCCAGCCUGGAGUCAUGAUACUGGGAACGGGUGGAGGAGCCACCUGGUGGAUGGGAGGGUGGCCAUCCAAUGGAAGCUGGUGAUGAUGGUUCUUCUACUUCCACAACCUCUGACCUUUAGGUCCAAGUUCUGCUCUGAAUGUCCUGGUUCUGGUGAAACUGGUUCUUCUCUGUCUCUGUUCCAGAUGAGGAUCGUGUGCAAAGACGUGACGGCAGAGACGCUGUACGACGUCCUCCAUGACACCAGCUACCGGAAGAAGUGGGACACCAACAUGAUCGACACCUACGACAUCGGCAGACUGACGGUCAACGCAGACGUGGGAUAUUACUCCUGGAAAUGCCCGACGCCUCUGAAGAACCGAGACUUUGUGACGAUGCGGUCUUGGCUUCCACUCGGCAGCGACUACAUGAUCAUCAACUACUCCGUCAAACACCCGCAACAUCCUCCUAAGAAGGACUAUGUCCGAGCCGUGUCUCUGCUGACGGGCUACCUGAUCCAAUCCAACAGUGCCACCAGCUCCACCCUCUACUACCUGACCCAGGUGGACCCCCGAGGCUCUUUACCAAAGUGGGUCGUUAACAGAGUCUCUCACUUCGUGGCUCCGAAGGCCAUGAGGAAGAUCUACAAGGCGUCUCUGAAGUACCCAGAGUGGAAGCGGAAACACGACCCGACCCUGAAGCCGUGGAUGUACCCAGAGCAGAACACGCUGCCCUCCAUCAGCAUGGCGGACCUGACGCUGCAGCGGGCGGACUCUCUGGAGAACAUCGAUGAGAGCGGCGUGAGCGAGGAGAAGGCGCAGCACAGCGAUGACGAGGAGACCUAGGCCGUCCUCAGGCUCCCGAGGGACUGUCCUCCUCUCACCCACUGGUUGUUGGUUUGUUUGAUCUCCUCCUGCUGGAGACGUUUCCCACUGCCAGUCCUCCAGUGUCUGUCCCUGUCCUCUGCCUCCACCCCGAAACCUUCUGUCCACACCGUGACCUCUGAAUGACCAAAGGUCGUCCACAGACUGACCCUAGGCUGACCAAACUGUCCACACACUAAAGGCCCCAACAUACUCAAGCGUACUUCGGGCCUUAACGCACUGACCUGUCUACACCAGGGGUGUCCAAACUUUUUGUCAUGUAGGUCAAAAGUAUUAAAUAGACCAGUGUUUCUCCAUCCUGGUCC